GGGCUGCGCCGAGACAUGGAGCGGGGCGCGGGCGCGGGUGCGGGGGCCGGGGCGGGCUGGGGCCGCUGGCCGGGCUGGGAGCUGCUGACCGCCUGCCUGGUGAUCGGCGCUGUCGGCUUGCUGCUCCGCCUGCUGGAGAGGAGGCCGGGCGGCCGCGGGGCGUCGGGGCCGGGGCCGAGGCCGAGGCCGGGGGGGGCGCUGCCCUCCCCACCGCCCGGGCCGAGCCGACGCUGCAGCGGGAGCCGCCCAGGUGAAAUAACAAUGGAAGCUAUAUUGUCCCGACUGAAGCAGCUAACCUGCGAUGAGCUCAGAGAAGAAAUUGUGAAAGCUGGACUGAAGUGUGGGCCCAUUACCUCAACCACAAGGUUUAUUUUUGAAAAAAAAUUGGCUCAGUCUUUGUUGGAACAGCAAGGAGGGCUGGAGGUUAAUGCAUCUGAUCUUUUAGAUGAAGCCUCUGGAAACCCUGCGUCAAAUAGCAGCCAAUCAGAAACACAAAGGGGUUUGAAAUCUACAUCAGAGAACCACAACAGUCAUGCUAAUUUUUCUGAAGAGGGUGACUUUGGGUACAGUGUGGGUCUGAACCCUCCAGAAGAGGAAGCUGUUAUGCAUGAGACCUGUUCAACAUCUAGCUGUGGAGUAGCAUGCAGUGACUCACAAAUAAGUGCUCAAACACCAUCUAAAGAUCCUCCUCUGUACUACGGCGUAUGCCCGGUUUACGACGACAUAUUGGCAAGAAAUGAGAGAGUGCACGUUUAUGAAGAUAAAAAAGAAGCUCUGCAAGCUGUUAAAAUGAUUAAAGGCUCCCGAUUUAAAGCUUUUUCAAAUAGAGAAGAUGCAGAGAAAUUUGCUAAAGGAAUAUGUGAUUACUUUCCAUCUCCAAGCAAGUCCUCUUUAUCCCCGGUGAAAAUAGGACCGUUGCUUAACAAAGAAAGCUUAUGUUCACCCGAGAUGGAAACGGCUAAUAAAGAAAGAGCUAACAGUUAUAAAAGUCCCCGUACACAGGACCUUACUGCCAAACUUCGGAAAGCUGUUGAGAAAGGAGAUGUAGCUGCCUUUUCAGAACUCAUCUGGAGUAAUCCACGCUAUCUGAUUGGAUCUGGGGACAACCCAACUGUUGUGCAGGAAGGGUGUAGGUAUAAUGUCAUGCAUGUUGCUGCCAAAGAGAAUCAACCUGGUAUCUGCCAGCUGCUGUUAGACACUCUGGAAAAUCCUGAAUUUAUGCUGCUUAUGUAUCCAGAUGAUGAUGAAGUCAUGUUGCAGAAGCGCAUCAGAUAUAUUGUUGACCUUUAUCUUAAUACCCCGGAUAAAGUGGGAUUUGAUACACCAUUGCAUUUUGCUUGCAAAUUUGGGAAUCUGGAUGUGGUAAACGUGCUUACUUCACACCCAGAUAUUGCAAAGAGUCCAAGAAACAAGUAUGAUCAAACACCAGCAGAAGUGAUUUGUGAAAGAAGUAAAAAUAAAUCCGUGCAACUGAAGGAGAAAAUAAAAGAGUACUUGAAAGGUCAAUACUACGUUCCACUGUUGAAAGCAGAAGACAAUUCAUCAUCUCCUGUAAUUGGUGCACCUUGGUCACCUGAUCAGUCAGACGGUAAUUCCCAUACAGCUUUACCAAGAUACACUGGCAGCCCCAAAGAUCCAGUCUUAUCUGUCAGAGCUUUUGCCGGUCCAAUGAGCCCAUCCAAGGCAGAAGAGUUUCGCAGGCUUUGGAAGACUCCACCUCGAGAGAGAGCAGGCUUUUUUCACAAUGUCAGGAAAUCUGAUCUGGAGAGAGGCGUUGAAAGAGUUGGAAGGGAGUUAGCUCAUGAGCUGGGGUUCCCGUGGGUUGAAUACUGGGAAUUUCUGGGCUGUUUUGUUGAUCUGUCUUCCCAGGAGGGGUUGCGAAAAUUAGAAGAGUACCUGAGUCAACGGGAAAUGAGCGAAAAGGCUCAGCAAGAAACGGGAGAAAAUGAAACCUGCAACAAAUAUAAAACUCCCCAUCCUCCUGGAAAGGGUAAAAAGUGCAGCAAUUCCAUUUCUGUUGGAGCAUUUCUGGAAGAUGAUGAUGAUGACAUGAGUUUAGAAGAAAUAAAAAACAGACAAAACGCAGCACGGAAAAACAGCCAGCCGAUUGCGUCCAAGGAACCUAGUAUAGAUGCUAUUGGAGAUUCAGAAUGUGACAUCUUGUCAAUGGAGCACAAAGUUAACAUUAUAGAAACGUCUUCCCUUUCCAGGCACUAUGAAAAGGAGGUUCCUUCCAAUAAAAAUGGAUUUUGCAGUCCUGUGACGAACGAGAGGAUCAUCAGCGACAGGAAGCACAAUAGGGAAGAAUGCCUUAUACCUCCCGUUACAAAUUUAAUGACAGAGUUUGAAAGACUCUCUUUCCAAGACCAAGCAGUAGCAGGAAAAUGUUUGGGGGAGAAAUUAAAUCAAACUGUUGCAAAAACUGAGAAUGAAAGAACUCUGGCUGAAGGAAUGAGCCAGGGCAAAGUAUCCACAGACCAGCAAGAUACCUGCCCAUUAAGUCCCACAGCAAGCUGUUCUUCUGAGGCAGGACAGUUAAGGACAGAAAGUAAAAUGCUAUCAGAAAUGGAGAGAAUGUCAGUGGGACCAGGUAUUCAGGAUAACAAGCCACAACAAGGUCAAGAGUCGUCCUCCCAGAGAUUUCUUUUGCAGACUGCACCCACAAGCAAAAGUUCUAAGAAGUUAUUCCUCCUAGGGGAACAGCCAUCAAAACUGGAUAGUGAUGUUUUAGCAGCUAUAGAAGGACUAGAGAUUGACCCGCAGAAGUACCCUGUUGUUUACAACUGGAAGAAUGCUGUACAGUCCUACUCUUCUUCUGACAGGCAAAGUUGGCCAAGUCCAUCAUUGAAAGGAAGGUCCAAGUCUCAGCCUGUUGCUGCAGGUGCUUCAAGUACUUCAGCGUACUGCAGCCCAGGAAGAAACAGUCCAGUGAUGGGCAGCCCAGGGAAAUAUGGCAAUGCUGCUUCAUUCUCUCCAGAUCUUGGGAGUCCUGGGCGUUACAGUCCAGCAUAUGCCAACCACAUCCUGUUAAAACUGCGUCAUAUUUCAGAACCAUCCACCCAUUAGAACAUGGUCCGUUUUCCUGGGACUUAAAUUAUAUUUACAUCUUAAAAGUGGGGCGGGGAGAUACGGUGUUGCUGAAGUGACACAAAGAAGCAUACUUGACUACUUAUCCUCAUCUUGAGGACCAGUAUAUAGUAAAAACUGAAUACGUCUUGAUGCCAUAUACCAGAUAGAUUAUUGGUGAUUUGCAAGAAAUAAGGGAUGGUUAAGUUAACUCAGUUAUUCAGUAGCUAUAAAAUAAAUAACCCCUACACUUGUUAACAGUAGAGCAGUGAUCUGAACCUUUCACUUAACAAUUCCCAGUUGAAAUAGUGUUCUUUAUUGUAGAGCAAGUAUAAUUGUCAGUAUGAAUCUAUUCACCCACAAAUGCAUCUCUUCACUUGGAUAUCCUUAAUGAAGCACAGUGUCAAUAAACAGAUUUCUAGGUUAGAAGGAACUUACAUUGAGGAGUUAAAUGCAUAUUCCAUUUGUUGUACUUGCACUGAAGAACUUUUAAAAACUAAAUCAGAGAGAUGGCUUUCCUGUUUGAAUGAGAAUGUGAUUACCGGGUGUGUGAUCUGUCCAUGGCUAAGAACUUGUCUGAUUAGUAAGAAGAGAUCAAAAUGAGGUGCAGUUUGACAAUUUUAUGAGUCACUGCUCAUUCUGUGGGUAUGAAAUAAAUGUCAUGCAUUGAGUGUUUUAGGAAAGGGUCACAAUAGAAAUUUGAUGUACGUGCAAGUGUUUGAAUAUGAAAAGCUCAACUUUUUUCCCCACAAAGGUUUUACUGUUUGCAGAUGUUAAUAGUAAUUACACAAAAGCACAUCAGCAAUAAUUUAAGUAAGUUUACCAGCAGUGUAUCUUAAAGGUCCAGUUUGUUGUGCUGUAUUAUGGAGAUUAACAGAAAAACCCAUAAUAUUGGGUUAAUCUUCUGUUAGAAGGAAUGAAUAAGGACUUUGACAUUUUUGUUGAAAUACAGCCUGUUGUUGUGCCUGUAACGUAGUUGUGGUAACCGUCCUUUGUUAGCUACAGUUAAUUUUCAUUCUUUAGUCCCUUUAAGAAUGAAUCCCUUAGUCCAGUGUUGAAAUUGGGAAUGUCCUAAAUUUUGAUUCAGAAUGCCAAAUACAGAUUUUGGUGAUUUGUAGUGUGCUUAAGAAGAGGCUUUCAGUAACAUAACUCCCUAUUACACAGUUUUUUAUUUAAAAAGUUAAAAACACAACUAUUAUCUUAACAGAAAAUUCAAAGUGGACACAUCUGUGUUGGUAGAAAAUAUUAAUUAUAUUAUUGUUACUACCACCCCCAUAAAAUAAGAAAAUAAAAAAAAAAAUCCUUAAGAACUUUAUUAUAAUAUACACGUUUAAAGGAACACUAAUAAUAGAUGGGAUGUUAUUGUGUCUCUGAGACUAUUAAUGCAUUAGAAGAUGGAUUAAAUUGCCUAGGGACAGGUUUGCUGGCUGUUGCAUACUAUAAGGUGACUGUUCAUAUACAAACUGUACAAUGUUCUGAAUAUACUCAUUGUUUGGUACAAGUUCCAAACUGCACUUAUGCUUUUGCAAGCUUAAUAGUGCCUUUUGUAACAUAUUUUUAAAUUAGCAUAUUGUUCUUGCUUUUAAAAGUGUAAAGAAAAAUACUAUUCGCAUUCACAGGCGUAUAAACUGUGGUUUCCCUUCUAAGACUUGAGAACUGAAAAUAAUUCUAAAAGCUCUUUAUGAAUUUUAAUGGUUUGGUUGAGAUAUCUCUAGACUUUAGAGUAACAGAUGUAAAUUUUGGAAUUCCAAAGGUUAUAGAUGGCUUAAGCUGAGUCCAUUUCCAAUUAUAAGAAUAUUAGAAAGAACUGUUCUGCAAAAUGACCUAACACCAGUAAAAUUAACCCAGAUAACUUAAGACCUUUUAAGACUCUCAAGAAUCAAGUUUCCCAUAAGUUUUCCAGUAGCAUUUUGCUUGUUUUGUUUUGGUCAUAGUGGUCUUUAUUAGACACAUUCCUACAUUGUCACUAGUCUGUGGAAUUUUGUAACUUCUAAAUUAUGAAAAGUUGAUCUAGUAAAGCCUCAUACACUGCAGCAUGCAAGUAAUUGCUUUUUGUUACACACUCAAUCAUUUGCUUGUGUACACAAAAGCUGAAAAGGCUAGUGAGGAAAAUUUAUUUUCUUUCUGAAAUCCAAACCUUAAAACCUGCUAUUGUUUGAAAGUAUGGACAGAAUACCCAACAGGCCUGUCAACAGACAUGGCUUCUUCCAAACUAUCAUAUCUACAUUUAUGAUAAGUUCUGUAUUAAUUUAGAAAUGUUGUUGGUAAACAAAUUCAGGAGGCUGAAAUCCUGAUACUUUAUUACUAGUUUCUAUUUUCUUUUCUGCUUAUUGCUAUAUGCUUUUUGUAUUUUAAUGUAUAUUUCUGGCACAAAGACUUCUGACUACAAGUUUGUAAUUAAUGUUUUAGAGUUAUGUAGGGGUGGGGAUAUUUUUUAUUGAGAAAUGGCUUCUGGAAUUUUGAAUUUUAGCCCAUUUGUUGUACUGUGUUUUAAGAAGUAACUUUAUAACACAUUAUAUUAACUUCAUUUAUUUAAAAUUAACAAUGUAUUUCUUUAUGCUCUUGAAGGAAGAUCUUCCAGUGGAGAGUCUGUGGAGAUGCUUUAAAUGUAGAUUAGAACUGUUUAGUUUUGUGCCUUUAUUAGGCAGCAGUUUGCUAUUUAAUGAUGCAAAGGACACAUUUUAUUAUGUCGAGUAAGUCAAAAUACUGAGAUGUAGCUACCAGUGUUGUUCUUUCCAUUUGAAAUAUGCAGGUAGUAGAAGGGUUGGAGUUGGAAAACAUUUGGGUCCAUAGGUGCAUGAGAAUAUGGGUCUAUGUUGUGAAACAGAAUGAAGAGUAUCAAACUCCAUACAUUGUUCAAGUUUUGUUUGUAUGAUGAAACUGAGGUGGUGCCUCAAUUUGGUAAAAGAGAAUAAAGGCUCAGAACAUGUUUCACAUAUACUAGAUUUGGUCUUGAACACUGAAUUUUUGGCAUUUAAAAGAAACUGCCACAUUUGGAGGGACAGAGGUAAUUGUGCUCCAUGUUGCUGAGGUCAGCCAGGUAGAUUGUUGUCUUAAUGGUACAAUAACUGUACUCUAAACCAGGCAAUUAUUUGUUUCUUUUUAAAAUAUAUUUAAUAUUUGUUUUUAAAACAGUUCCAAUACAAAUGUUGCUGAUUUUUGCUGUAUGUGUCCAAAAGUUUGUUGUAUAUGCUCUGGCCUUCCAACCUGCACGUAGAUAUGGGUCUUUCAAGUACUGUGUAUGUACACGUGCUAGAGUAAAAUAAAGUGCACAAAGCAGUCA